AUGAUGAAGGAAUGUCCUUCCGAAGGCGUAUGCAUGCCGACUGGCCAGACCGGUCUCGUCUGGCCAUCACUCGAGGGGAGGGACGUAGCAAGACCUUCGAGACUGCGAGGUCGCGUGAUCAGCAAAAGACUUCAACGUUGCCAAGGUCCAGAAAUACUAUACCUUCACUGCAUUACUUUCACAUCACCCAUCUCCAUCCACCUCGCUAUCACGAUGCCCGGUCUCUUUAGCAUCCCCGCCUCCCUGCCUCCCAAGGCACCGAAGGUAGUCGGACCCAAGCAGGCAAGCCCCAUGCGCCCGACAGCUACCAUUCCUCAGGAGAUCAUUGAAGAGGCGCGCGCCGUCCCCGCCGAAGGAUGGAACCCCGAGAGGCACGUCGCCCCCAAGACACAGAUCGUCCAGCACCUGAUGAAGGACAUUGGCCUUGAAGGCCAGGGCGUCUCCCCGAUCGCCGUCACCGAUCCCUUCCCGCUCUUUACGAAGGAGGCAAUCCUCCAAAUUCACCGCGAGAUCUUCAGUGAGCAGGUACUCCGCGACUGCCGCUUCAAAUCCGACUUCAAUGCAAACCUGAUCCGCGGCAUGGGACAUGAGCGUGCUCCAUUUACCUAUGGCGCCUGGUGGUCGCCAGAAAUUCUUGCCAGGGUCUCCGAGGCUGCCGGAAUCGAGCUGGUUCCAGCUUUUGACUAUGAGGUUGCCAACGUUAACAUUUCCAUCAACGACCAGAACGCCGUCGAGGUCGUCACAUACGGUGACAUGAGCUCUGCCGUUGCUUGGCACUACGACAGCUUCCCCUUUGUCUGCGUCACCAUGGCCGCUGACUGCACAGGAAUGGUUGGCGGUGAGACUGCUAUCAUGCUACCCAACGGCGAAGAGAGGAGGGUCCGCGGGCCGGCCAUGGGCACUUGUGUGGUCAUGCAAGGCCGAUAUAUUCAGCAUCAGGCUCUCAAGGCCAGCGGUGGUCGCGAGCGCAUCUCCAUAGUCACCGCCUUCCGACCCAAGAGCCCAUUCGUCCGCGACGAGACUAUCCUGACCGGCUCCCGCGUCAUCAGCAAUAUUGGCGAGCUUUACCCCCAAUACAUGGAAUACCGCUUGGCCAACCUCGAGGAACGCUUCCGCCGCGCCCUUCAGCAGGAGAAGCGUCGCCAGGUGGAGCGCAAGGCCUUUGACAUUGCAGCCAUGAGGGCCUUCUUGACUGAGCAGCUAGAGUACAUUGAGACAUCCCUCAACGAGGUCUAUGUGCCGUACGCGGGAUACAAGGACCUCAACCAGUGA